UUUUGCGCGUUCUCAAGCUCAAUAUAGUUGAGCAAACAUGCACGGAGACAAUACUUAGCCAAAACUAGGGUUUCCUCCCUACUCUCAAGAUCUUUCUCACUUCAAGUUUGUGAUUGAAGUCGUUCUUGGGUCUCUCAUACAAACAUAGAAAAGUCUCCAGAGUUGGUGACAGACAAAAAGUAUAGAGCAAUAGAGAGAGGGAUAGAGAACGAAGUGCUAAGCAGCAGAAGUUGCGGAUUUGCUUGCCUUCUUUCUCUCUUCAGGAAAAGUGUUAGAGAGUGAAUUGAAGACCCUUGGAUACCCACAAAUCCUUUUGCCUUUUCUGUCUUCUCUAUCUGUUUUUUUCCUCUAAUUCUUUGGUUUAUCGUUUUGAAAUAUACCCAAUUGCGUGUAUCUUGGUUUUUGGAUUGUGGGUUUUUGGUUUAUUUAGGGAAAUCAGUGAAUGGGAUUGUAGUGUUUGUUGUGGUCUAUUUCAUGAAUUUCGGGGGUUUUCUUGAUAGCAAUAGCGGUUCCGGUGGUGGUGAUGGUGGCGGCGCUGGGAGAUUCGCGACUGAUAUCCCUGACAACACCCACACCAACAGCAUGCCCACUGGUGCAAUCGCUCAACAUCGCCUUUUGACUCACUCUUCUAACAAAUCCAUGUUCAACUCCUCAGGCCUCUCUCUCGCUCUGCAGCAACCAAACGGUGAUGGACAUAUUGAAAUACCGAGAAUGAUAGACAACUUUGAGGGGAAUAACAGUUUGGGUAAGAGGAGCCGAGAAGAGGAGAACGAGAUGAGCAGAUCUGGGAGUGAUAACAUCGAUGGUGUCUCCGGUGAUGAUCAGGACGCCACGGACAAGCCUCCAGGGAAGAAGAAACGUUAUCACCGACACACUCCUCAACAAAUCCAAGAACUCGAAGCUCUGUUCAAAGAGUGCCCUCAUCCUGAUGAGAAACAGCGUCUUGAGCUUAGCAGAAGGCUUUGUUUGGCGACCAGGCAAGUCAAGUUCUGGUUCCAAAAUCGCCGAACCCAAAUGAAGACCCAACUGGAGAGGCACGAGAAUUCGCUACUCAGACAAGAGAACGACAAGAUUAGAGCCGAGAACAUGUCUAUCAAAGACGCAAUGAGAAACCCAAUUUGCAGCAACUGUGGUGGUCCAGCCGUAAUCGGUGAAAUCUCAAUCGAAGAGCAGCAUUUAAGGAUCGAGAAUGCUCGCUUAAAGGACGAAUUAGAUCGUGUUUGUGCACUUGCAGGCAAAUUCUUGAGGAGACCAGUUUCAUCACUGGCAUCUCCAAUGCCAAACUCGAGUUUGGAACUCGGAAUGGGUAGCAAUGGAUUUGGUGGGUUGAGUAGUACUACUGUGGCUACAACACUCCCUUUGGGGCCUGAUUUUGGGACUCAAUCGAGAACAAAUAUGACCGUGCUCGAUCGAUCCGUGGAGAGAUCGAUGUUUCUCGAACUAGCUUUGGCUGCCAUGGAUGAAUUGGUCAAGAUGGCACAGACUGAUGAGCCUCUAUGGAUCAAGAGUGUUGAAGGAGGAAAGGAAAUGUUGAGUCAAGAGGAGUAUUUGAGGACUUUCACUCCUUGCAUUGGAUUGAAACCAAAUGGGUUCAUCACUGAAGCUUCAAGAGAGACUGGUGUGGUUAGCCUCACCAGUUUGGCCCUUGUAGAGACUUUCAUGGACUCUAAUCGAUGGGUGGACAUGUUCCCAUGUUUGAUAGCCAGAACUUUUACCACUGAUGUGAUUUCCAGUGGCAUGGGAGGCACAAGAAACGGUGCACUUCAGCUGAUGCAUGCGGAGCUGCAAGUGCUUUCACCACUGGUGCCGGUGCGAGAGGUGAACUUCCUCCGGUUCUGUAAAAAACACGCAGAAGGAGUGUGGGCUGUGGUGGAUGUGUCAUUUGACUCAAUCCGUGAAACUUCUUCAGGUGCACCGGCAUUUUUGAACUGCCGGAGACUGCCUUCUGGAUGUGUGGUGCAAGAUUUGCCAAAUGGGUACUCCAAGGUUACAUGGGUUGAACAUGCAGAGUACGAUGAAAGUCAAGUUCACCAGCUCUACGGACGCCUAGUUGGUUCCGGCAUGGGGUUUGGAGCCCAGCGUUGGGUGGCUACCCUUCAAAGACAAUGCGAACGCCUCACCAUCCUCAUGUCCUCCAACGUUUCCUCUACAGACCAUACUGCCAUAACACCGAAUGGUAGGCGAAGCAUGUUGAAGCUAGCGCAGCGAAUGAUCGAUAAUUUCUGCGCUGGUGUUUGUGCAUCAACGGUUCACAAGUGGAACAAGCUGAAUGCCGGUAAUGUUGAUGAAGAUGUCCGGGUCAUGACCCGAAAGAGUGUGGAUGAGCCCGGCGAGCCACCGGGCAUUGUGUUGAGUGCUGCCACCUCAGUCUGGCUGCCUGUUUCUCCGAGGAGACUGUUUGACUUUCUGCGGGAUGAACGGCUCAGAUGUGAAUGGGAUAUUCUAUCCAACGGUGCUCCUAUGCAGGAGAUGGCCCACAUUGCCAAGGGCCAUGAUCACGGCAACUGCGUAUCCCUUCUUCGUGCCAACGCUGUGAACGCGAACCAGAGUAGCAUGCUGAUACUGCAGGAGACAUGCACAGACGCGGCGGGAUCGCUUGUGGUGUACGCGCCCGUUGACAUUCCUGCGAUGCUGGUGGUCAUGAACGGUGGAGAUUCUGCUUACGUCGCACUCCUACCCUCGGGUUUCGCGAUCGUACCGGAUGGGUCUGGCUCUGGCGGUCCCACGGCAACUCAGAAUGGGACAGUCAAUGGUGGGCCACCAGGAGUGAGCGGGUCCCUCCUCACUGUGGCUUUCCAAAUCUUGGUGAAUACUCUCCCUACUGCCAAGCUCACGGUCGAGUCGGUGGAGACAGUUAAAAACCUAAUCUCGUGCACUGUCCAAAAGAUCAAGGCUGCUCUUCAGUAUCAGAGUUAGAUCACGUGACCUUUUUAGGUGUUGGGUAGCUGUUUUUGGGUGGUGAAGUGGUGAUGAUCGAGUUAUUGUGGUGGGUGUUGACUCGACAACGAACCGCGGGCAUUGAGGCUGGACUGCUUGUGUACUAUGUGAUGAGUUGCAAGGGUGGUGGUUCGGGUAUUGACUCAGGUCAACCCCUCUACAGCUGCCUCCGAAAGAUUAAAAUCGAAGGUGAAAAGAAGAAAAAUAUUUGUCAGACUGAUCGGGGAAUUGAAUUUUAAGUUUUGUGGUAAUAUUUUUUUUUAUUUACCGGUACAACGUUUUUUCCUUUGUUUAUCUGGGAAGCGAGCACGCGCUGCUUGUUGCAAGGGGUGGUUUGGUGGAUGUGUGAAGGCGAUCGAGGUGCAUUGAAUGAGAGACAGAAGCUGCUGGGAGAAAAAGUUGCAUGCAUUUAAUGCAAGGGACGGGUCAUAAUUUACUUGUAGCAUCAAAUGAGAACGAGACGGAUUGAGGACGUGGUUUUUUGGAGUGGUGAAGAAAGGAGGAAUGAAUGCAUUUUUGGAAGUUUUGUUCAUUACUUCAUUUCAUUAUAAUUUUCAUUUACAUGUGAUUUUUGCAAGGAAUUUGUGUUUCGUUUUGCUAUAAUUAAAAAUAUAUACAUAAAAAUAAGAAAGAUGUUCAAGGAAA